AUGAUGCAAGAAUCUGGGACUGAGACAAAAAGUAACGGUUCAGCCAUUCAGAAUGGAGCGAGCGGUGGCAACCAUUUACUAGAGUGCAGCCUGCGGGAAGUGAGAUCAAACGGCGAGACACCUUCAGUUGAAAUUGGGGCUGCAGAUUUAGCACAUCUUCAGCAACAGCAGGGGAUUGCAAUUGUUAAUGUAAAGGGAAACAUUGGACUUUUCUUCCGGGACUCCUUUUUAAUAAUUCCCUGGAAAUACCCAAAGAUCAGGGCUGGCUUCCAUUGCCUGAACGCGUUGUGUCUGGUGGCAGUGAUGGGGUGA